AUUUCCUAUGUGCGGUUGAUAGUUUUCAUACCGUAUAUAUAUUCCAUUCCCUUCCUCCAAUUUCAUCAACCCUACCAGAAACCCUUCACCAAAAACCACACUCAUUCUACUACAUUGUCCACUCUCGCCGAAACGAUGUCGUCUUCCGAAUUUCAAGACCCACCACCACCGCCAUCGGAAGAAUCUCAGAGCAAAAAGGCCGCCAAGAAAGAAGCCGCAAAGCUCGAGAAACUCCGCCGCCGCCAGGAGCUUGCCGCCGCCACCUCCGCCGCAUCCAACCUCUCCGUCGAUGACGACCCCCUCGCCGGAAACUACGGCGACGUCCCGCUCGUUGAGCUUCAGUCGAAGACUCCUGUCGACGUCUCCGACUGGACCCGCGUUGAGGCGCUCGAUGCUUCGCUGGCGGACCGGGCUGUUCAGAUCCGUGGUAGGGCUCAGACGAUUCGUCCGGUUGGGAAGAAGAUGGCGUUUUUGGUUGUGAGGGAGAAUGGCUUCACUGUGCAGUGCUUGGUGCAGGCGCAGCCAGAUGUGGUGAGUCCGCAGAUGGUGAAAUUCGCCGCCGCGCUGAACCGCGAGUCGAUCAUUGACGUCGUGGGUGUUGUUUCUGUCCCAGCCGCUCCCAUCAAAGGCGCCACGCAGCAGGUGGAAAUUCAAGUGAGGAAAUUGUACUGUGUGGGUAGGGCUGUCCCGACUCUACCGAUUAAUCUGGAGGAUGCUGCUCGGAGCGAUGUUGAAGUUGAGAAGGCUCUUCAGGCUGGUGACCAACUUGUUCGAGUGAAUCAGGAUACACGUUUGAACUUUAGAGUGCUUGACCUGAGAACACCUGCAAACCAAGGAAUUUUCCGAAUUCAAUCUCAUGUCGGAAAUGCAUUUAGACAAUUUUUGUUGAAAGAAAACUUUGUUGAAAUCCACACUCCAAAGUUGAUUGCUGGAUCUAGUGAGGGUGGAGCUGCUGUUUUUAGACUGGACUACAAAGGGCAACCUGCAUGCUUGGCCCAAUCACCUCAACUUCAUAAGCAAAUGUCAAUAUGUGGUGACUUUGGCCGUGUUUUUGAGAUUGGCCCUGUGUUUAGAGCAGAGGAUUCUUUUACUCACAGACAUCUGUGUGAGUUUACAGGUCUUGAUGUUGAAAUGGAGAUUAAGAAGCAUUACUUUGAGGUUAUGGAUGUUGUUGAUAAAUUGUUUGUCGCGAUGUUUGACAGUUUGAACCAGAAUUGUAAGAAGGAUCUGGAAGCUGUGGGAUGUCAGUAUCCAUUUGAACCUCUGAAGUAUCUGCGAAAUACUCUGCGUCUUACUUAUGAAGAAGGGAUUCAAAUGCUCAAGGAGGCUGGAGUAGAAAUUGAACCUUUUGGUGACUUGAAUACUGAAGCAGAAAGGAAACUAGGCAAACUAGUUCUAGAGAAGUACGGCACGGAGUUCUAUAUCCUUCAUCGGUACCCUUUGGCUGUAAGACCAUUCUAUACAAUGCCCUGCUAUGACAAUCCAGCUUACACCAACUCAUUUGAUGUCUUUAUUAGAGGUGAGGAGAUAAUUUCAGGAGCUCAACGUAUCCACGUGCCAGAUUUUUUGGAAGAACGUGCAGCGGCUUGUGGCAUUGAAGUCAGUACAAUAUCGACAUAUAUCGAUUCUUUCAGAUAUGGUGCACCACCGCAUGGUGGCUUUGGAGUAGGUUUGGAGCGUGUCGUAAUGCUCUUCUGCGGCCUAGAUAACAUUAGGAAGACAUCACUUUAUCCACGUGACCCGAAAAGGAUUGCGCCGUGAUAAUAUUAUCAUAUCCAAACAGUGGCUUAGAUAUUGAGUCUGUUUGUUUUCUUUUAUCUUUAUCCUCAAGAUGUUCCUUUCAGUAGAUUUUUUUUUUUGAAACUUCCUUUCAGUAGAUUAUUGUGGAUAUUGUUUGAUUGGCAGUCUUGGAGCUGAUAUUUUGCACUUCAUACGAAGUUACAUUCUGAUGUUUUACAUAAUGUAGUGUGUUUGGUUC